AUGAGAAAAGAGAAAGCCGCCAAGUUCCGAGAGCGAAAUUCCAGAACUAUCAUUAACUGGAAUCUCUUCGCUACACUAGCUGGCUUUUGGAAAGAUUCCGCAAUGGACAACAUCGACGAGGGAUAUGACCGGCUCGAUGAACACCUUCACGACUGCACGAAAAAGGAUGAGAGUUUUAAAACCACCAAGAGACGCCAGUCUCCGGAAACUCUAGAGCUGGUACGUCAGCGUGGAGCUGCACGGGCCGCAGGCAACCAAGAACUCACGUUCAAGCUCGCAAAGCUUUGCAGAGAGGUGAUAGGGGGAAUUCUCAAAGAGAGAAGAGCAGAAGUGCUGUGUGAAGCUGCAGAGGCGGGGAAAAGCAUCCGCUAUGCCCGUCGAUACUUCCCCAGUCGCAAGACGAGGAUGACUGCUCUCCGGAACCCGAAAGGAACAACCAUUGCAUCAAGAAGGGAAAUAGAGAAAAUCAUCUACGACUUCUACUCUGAUCUCUUCGACAGCCAUGUCCACUUGCCUCCUCACCAUAUGAGGGAAGGCAAACAUGUCAUUCCAAAGGUUCUCCCGUUCGAAGUACGACAUGCUAUCAUGUCGGUGAGAAAUCAUACGGUACCCAGUUCCGACAGAAUAAGACCAGAACACCUGAAGAAUCUUUCCAGCACUCAUCAACACCCUGGCGAGGCUCUUUACUCGUUACCUGUCAGAAUGCAAGGUUCCUAA